UCCAGACCGGCGCUAUGGGCACUCUUUUUGUCAAAUGAGAGACGCAGCGGGGCGGCCCCUGAGCCGCGGUUUAGCCAAUGGAGAAGGCGAGAUGGGCGGGCUGGGACUGCCCGGCGGCGGGUCCUCAGCUUCGAGCCGAGGUGCAGUGAGCCGGUGGGGGGACCGCGAGGCGAGCGCGGGAGCCUGGGCGGCGAGCCGGGUGUGAGCUGCCUGAAAAUGCACUCGGAUGCCGCCGCUGUCAAUUUUCAGCUGAACUCUCAUCUCUCAACACUGGCAAAUAUUCAUAAGAUCUACCACACCCUUAAUAAGCUGAACCUAACAGAAGACAUUGGCCAAGACGAUCACCAAACAGGAAGUCUGCGGUCUUGCAGUUCUUCAGACUGCUUUAAUAAAGUGAUGCCACCAAGGAAAAAGAGAAGACCUGCUUCUGGAGAUGAUUUAUCUGCCAAGAAAAGUAGACAUGAUAGCAUGUAUAGAAAAUAUGAUUCAACUAGAAUAAAGACUGAAGAAGAAGCCUUUUCAAGUAAAAGGUGCUUGGAAUGGUUCUAUGAAUAUGCAGGAACUGAUGAUGUUGUAGGCCCUGAAGGCAUGGAGAAAUUUUGUGAAGACAUUGGUGUUGAACCAGAAAACGUAGUUAUGCUUGUCCUAGCUUGGAAAUUGGAUGCACAAAACAUGGGUUAUUUUACUCUACAGGAGUGGUUAAAAGGAAUGACUUCUCUCCAAUGUGAUACAACAGAAAAACUCAGAAAUACUUUGGAUUACUUAAGAUCAUUCUUAAAUGAUUCUACAAACUUUAAACUUAUUUACAGAUAUGCAUUUGACUUUGCACGGGAAAAGGACCAGCGCAGCCUAGACAUAAACACUGCCAAGUGCAUGUUGGGACUGUUAUUAGGAAAAAUCUGGCCCCUUUUUCCAGUUUUUCACCAAUUCUUAGAGCAAUCAAAAUACAAAGUUAUUAAUAAAGACCAGUGGUGCAAUGUCCUAGAGUUUAGCAGAACAAUUAACCUUGACCUCAGCAACUAUGAUGAAGAUGGAGCAUGGCCAGUUUUGUUGGACGAGUUUGUGGAGUGGUAUAAAGACAAACAGAUGUCCUAGGACUUUAUGCAUAGCAGCGAGAGAGUCACUGUUACCACAGUUUUGUCACCCAUUAGCCAUAAAUUGCUGUUUGUAUCAAAGUGCAUGCUGCUUCUCUUGCACUGUUUCCCUUUCGCAGGGACAUGUUGGUGUUUGCUAUUGAAUUGGCCAGCUCUGCUUGCUGUGUGGCAUUGUUCUCUUGGAAGGCUGCUUUGCAGUUUGUAUUUACACUACAGAUUGGUGAAUUUGCCAACGUCCUCACUGUGAUUAUGUGUAUAUUGCUGUUUAAAUUUUGUAUAUGUGUAUAAAAGGAAAAAGCUUCACCUAGAGAUUAUUUCUGAAAAAUGUAUUGUAAAAAUAAUUUUGUGGCAUUUCUAGUCCCUUUUUUUGAAUGAGCCAAUUAUACUUUAUUUGGUCUCCUAUGUAGCAUUUCAGAAAACAAAACAAAACUGUUACCAUGAACAAACAUUGCCAGAAUUAACUUUACUGUUUAAGAGGCCAACUUCUGGAAGGAGGUAGGAGUCGUAACUUUUUAGAGGCAUAUGCCAAAUAUCAUUUGGUAUACUUAACAAUAUUAGUGUUUUAAAAUGAUGAGUUAUAAUUAUUUGAACAUACAGAUAUGUAACAUGCCACAAAUCAUUUCUACCACGCAAGGUAUAUAAGUUGUUUAUUUUUUAGUGUUAAAACUAUAAUAGCUUGAAUAUAGGUACCAAUGAACAAAUUCAAAUUGCACCUCUUUUCUUAAAAGAAUGGGAUUUAAACUCUUAUAAACAUUCUUUAACUUUUUUGUUUGUUUGUUCUCUUUUUUUCCUUUUGCGUUCUUCUAGCCAGUGAUUGAUCUGCUAAUGCUUUCUUUGCCACUCUAAGUAAAAUUUAUUUCGCCUCCUCAGUGAAAACCUCAUGGUUUUGCUGGCUGUUUAUAACUGCAUUGCACUUCUAGUUGUGGCUUGAAUUUUCAGUUAAGCUUUCAUGGUAUGUAAUUUUCCAGCCUUUUGAGAAAACAAGCAUACUAUAAGUGAGAGCUGUUUUGUUUUCCUUGUUUGUUUGUUUCAUGCUAGGCUUUUCCUGGCAGCAUGUCCAUUGCAGGCAGUGGACAAGAAACCACCAGCAUUGAGCUAACCCAGUACAUGCUAGGACCUGUCCUAGAGGGGCCACUUUUCAUUACCUGAGUUAUUUGUACAGAAGGGCAAUAGCCAUUAUUUUUGUGAAUGAGGAAACAAGAAUAAACAGAAUGGUAUUUUUAGGUUUGUGUUUUAUGUCUUUUUUUUUUUUUUUUUGCCAUUCUUGAGGAAAUAUAGAGAUGACAUGUUUUCACUCCAACUAUCUGGUGCUAUUGAAUGACUAAUUCAGUCCCUAAAGUUCUGUGAAAACACAAAAGUCUAAUGAUUUGAGUGAGUAAAAGGUAAUGGUGCAUUUGAACAAGUAAAUGCUGUCGUGGUCAGCAAGAUCCGUGAUUUGAACAUGUGAUGACUGGAAAAAGGUUUGGGUUAUUUGGAAGUCUGGCUAAAUUUCUUUCAGGUGACAUGUGAUCGUUUAAAUGGCAUUAAGUGAAUAAAGCGCACAGACAGUGCUACUCUUGACCACUAUUUUACCAUUUCUUUGCAAACAGUGUUCACAUUUUCAUAUUUUUUCCCUAACUAAACCACCAAAGAAAGAAAUUUUGUAUGUAUAUACAGUGUGUGUGUAUACAAAAUCAUGAUAUAGUAGAAUGCAACUACUUUCUUUUUCUACCAAAUGAAAGGUUUUAUUUGCUGUGAAAUAAACCAGAAGUUUAAAAAACCCUGUAGUGAUUAAGCAUACUUAACCACUCCUUAUUUGUAGAUUCACUUUCAACCUUAAAAAUUAAUACCAGUUUGCAUAAACCAAUAUCUGAAAAGAACAGAAAAUGUUGAUGGCAAGCAACAGCUAUUAAGACUGAUGUGACGGAUGCAUUUGUUUUGCAGUGGUGACUGGCCUAGGCAGGUUUGGAUCUGUGAAGAAUUGAUUCAUUUUCAAAAUUAUUCCAUAAAGUUAAAAAGUUACACUUUAAAGGCAACAGGUCAUACAGUUCUUUAAAUCUGAUCAACUGUAGCUUUAUUUAAAGCAAAUAUAAAUCAUAGAUGAAGUUAUUUUAAACACUAUGUUAGAAUAUAGAGAUUUUUAAAAAAUGCUGAUAAGCACAGUUAAUUCUAAAAUGAGAGGAUUGUUACAGGAGGGAGAUGUUACAGUUAAUCCACAAUCAACAUUUUGAUGGUAGGGAAAAAACUGCGUAAAAACUAUUGCAUUGUGUAUGAUAAGAAAGUAAGUAUUCCAAAGGGAUAAUCUUGCAUAUUAAGAAAACUCCAAAUAAUCUUUAAACUGCCUUGAAAAAUAAACCUCUUUGACUGCUGAGCGGCAGAGUGCUUACCCUUGGUUGUCUUGAUUUUAUAUAUUUAUUUCUAAGGGGAGAAAAGGGGGUCAGACAGAGUAAUAUGAUACAUUUUCUUAAAAACUUCUCUAAGUUGCACAAAAUUGAACAAUCAUCAAGCACUUAUUUACUGGCUAAUGUUGAAUAAAUUAGGGUGCCUUCAUCUGGGUUUUCUUUAGUACCUAAGUCUACAACCCUUUCUCUUUUUCUGUUGUGUUUCGAACUCCACAUUGCAAUACUCUGUUGUCAUGGAAUACAACCUUUAGAUGUUUACUGCUGAAGUAGGUCAGAAAUUGUAUUAUUUGAUUUGCCUCAAACAUCCACUGUAAUGUUACAUGCACCUUUUUUGAAGCAUGAACUCUGAAUUAUGUUUUUAUAAAUCUGACUAGGCAAACCUAGAUUCUGGUUUCACAAUGGAUUUAUUUUGUCUCUCGGUCUCCAUUUUAACAGUGCUUUUGAAGUUUAUACAGAAAGCUUUAAAAGUUAGUUUGUGCCCUUGGUUUUUAUUCUUAAAACUGCUAAAAUACCUCUGUAAGCCUUAUCCUUUAUUCUUUCAUAUGUUGUAUAAUAAAUGUAUAGAUUUCAUUGACCAACUAAGAUGUUGGGUGUCUGUAAAUGAGACCAAAACGUGGGUUGCUUUUUUCAUAAAAUAAUUUCUAUUGGGGUUUACUGUUCAAUGACAGCAGGUAACCUAUAACUGUGAAUGCUUCGUGUCGUCAGUAUUUGCAUUACAUUCAUAAAAGUGUGCAAGUCCUGUGACUCCCAGCUUAACUGAAAUACUGUUAUGCCACCUAACUUGAGUACAGCAAACUGGUUUUAGGUUUCAGUGAAAUUGAUGUAAAAUGAUAUCCCAUGAAUAAAAAGUAUUUGUGUUUGGUUUCAGAA